GUCGUAGAAGUUGCUGUAAUAAAAGCAAAGCAUGCAUGCAAAGCAUUGUGGGACAUACUCUACAUAAAAAGGCGGAUACUUAGAUACAAGUGUGGGCGAGACUGACAGGACGUUUCUGGAUAAACCUUAAGAGAAAGUGAAACCCCAAACCAAAGAGAACAAGAAACCGCAGACAAAUUUUGGUUCAGUCAGACACUGACAGAAAAUGGAUGCCACUAAAAAUCUGAUAAGUGAGGCACUUGAGCAGCUUUUAAGUGCAGAGUUCAAGAAGUUCGUCUGGCACCUGUGGAACGGUGUGGCAGCAGACAUCGAGCCCAUUCCUCGAGCAGCUCUGGAGAACGCUGAUCGCCAAGAUGUGGUGGAUCGCAUGGUGCAGAAGUACAGCACUAACGCCGGGACUGUUGCAGUACAAGUGCUGCUCAACAUCAACCAGAACGAUCUCGCAAAGCGCCUUGAUGUGAAACUUCAGAAAGCUAGUUCUAGUUGAUGAGGAAGAGUUCGGCAGGAACAAUCACAUCUACCAUAACACAGCCACAAAAAUAAAAUCAAGGGAACAUUGUUUUAAGAUUUUAUAUUUAUCUUUAAUGUAGGUAUUAAUAGUCUUUCUGAAAAUCAGAGUGAUUGAUGAAAAAAGGAUGUGGUUUUCAGUUAGUUAAGAAACUUGUGAUGUUUAUAAAAUAAACAAAUCAUGUCUGUAUUACUACAGUAAAUCUCAAAAAGAAUGAAUUUGAACAACAGCAGAGGUCAAAGUGAUUCUCUCAUCUAAUAAAUGUGAUGUUGUUUCUA